UUGCCAUUGAAGGCAUUGCUCAUUCAAGAGUCCAUCAGUGGUGUAUGUUGUGCAUAGUGUCUGUGUAUGGAUACAACGCUCGUGUGUGCACGAAUGGAUCUUCGGAGGUCCAUGGUCCAUGUGCGCAUGUGAAGUCUGGAACCAUCAGUGGGAGCCGUGGGUUGACACAGCCCGACUUUUCCGCAUGGACACACCUGCCAGAGAGCCUGUCAAGACACCCACGUCCAGUACCGCAAGGAUGUACCAUCACAGCCUUUAGAGGAUAUCACGGAUAGAGUCAGUCCGGUCUGGGUGUCUAUUAGGCACAAGAGAGCUGGAGACAUUAAAGGGUUCUGUGUGAAAAGCGGAUAGACAAGAGAAGGAGCGAGAUGCCUUUCGGAGGAUUCGCAGGACUGAAGGAGCGGGUGCUGAAGCCAGGGAAGGAAGAGGUGAAGAAUACUGUAGGAGAUUCACUGGGGAACCUGCAGAAGAAGAUUGAUGGGAGUAAUGUGGAUGAGGACCUGGUAGAGCUGACGGAGGAUGGGCGGCCAGUGUCCAUGCCAAAGCGCAGUGCCCCGCUGCUGGACUGCGGCUGCUGUGGGCUGCCCAAGCGCUACAUCAUCGCCAUGCUCAGCGGUCUCGGCUUCUGCAUCUCCUUUGGCAUCCGGUGCAAUCUGGGCGUGGCCAUUGUGGAGAUGGUAAACAACAACACCGUCUACAUCAACGGCACAGCUGUCAUGCAGCCAGCACAGUUUAACUGGGACCCUGAGAUAGUGGGUCUGAUCCACGGAUCCUUCUUCUGGGGUUACAUCGUCACACAGAUCCCUGGAGGCUUCAUAGCCAACAAGUUGGCUGCCGACAGGGUGUUUGGGGCAGCCAUUGUCCUGACCUCUAUACUCAACAUGUUCAUCCCGCAUGCUGCGAGGGUGCAUUAUGGCUGCGUCAUGUUCGUCCGCAUCCUACAGGGCUUGGUGGAGGGUGUCACUUACCCAGCAUGCCAUGGGUUGUGGGCCAAAUGGGCUCCUCCGUUGGAGAGAAGUCGUUUGGCCACCACGUCAUUUUGUGGGUCCUACGCGGGCGCAGUGAUUGCCAUGCCCCUGGCGGGAGUGCUGGUGCAGUAUGUGGGAUGGCCCUCAGUGUUCUACAUAUACGGUGUCUUUGGGAUCCUGUGGUACAUCUUCUGGCUGCUGCUGUCCUACACCAGUCCAGCAUCCCACCCCACCAUCAGUGAAGAGGAGAGGUUAUUCAUCGAGAGCAGCAUCGGGGAUGGAAACAACAUGAUCAGUGCCACUGAGAAAUUCAAGACUCCCUGGCGCAGGUUCUUCACCUCCAUGCCUGUGUACGCCAUCAUCGUGGCCAACUUCUGCCGUAGCUGGACCUUCUAUCUGCUGCUCAUCAGCCAGCCAGCAUACUUCGAGGAGGUCUUUGGCUUCCCCAUCAGCAAGGUAGGGAUUCUCUCUGCAGUGCCCCACAUGGUGAUGACCAUAGUGGUACCCAUUGGAGGCCAGCUGGCAGACUACCUCCGCACCCAUAAGAUCCUGUCCACAACAGCUGUCCGUAAGAUCAUGAACUGUGGAGGCUUCGGGAUGGAGGCCACCCUGCUGCUGGUGGUGGGUUUCUCCCACACUCGAGGAGUGGCCAUCUCCUUCCUGGUGCUGGCCGUGGGAUUCAGUGGCUUCGCCAUCUCAGGCUUUAAUGUGAAUCACUUGGACAUUGCCCCUCGCUACGCCAGUAUCCUUAUGGGGAUCUCAAAUGGUGUCGGCACCCUGUCAGGAAUGGUGUGUCCACUCAUUGUGGGAGCACUGACCAAGAACAAGACGCGUCUGGAGUGGCAGCACGUGUUCAUCAUUGCAUCCAUGGUGCACUACACCGGCGUCAUCUUCUAUGCCAUCUUCGCCUCAGGGGACCAGCAGGAGUGGGCCGACCCUGAGAGCACCAGCGAGGACAAGUGUGGCAUCAUUGGUGAGGACGAACUCGCUGACGACAGCGAGGCAGGCUGCGACAGCUCCCUGGCGGCCUCGGCCAGGAAGAAGUCUUAUGGCGCCACGACAAUGGACCACGAUUCGGGACGUAAGCAAGGCUGGAAGAAGAAACGAGGGGUGACCACACAGGAAGAGGAGGAGGAGGAUGAGGAAGGCCAGUACCACUACAAGAACGGGAACUUUCAGGAACAAUAUCAGUGACACUGAGAGAGGAUAGUCCAUUGGAUUAUCAAUCAUUCACUCAGAAGAGUGGCAACAUUCAUCAGUAGACCCAUCUCACCAAGAUGAGUGAUUUUAGAAAGGACAUUUUUGCUGCUUCAAUGAAUUGACUUAUUUACAUAUUUAUGGCUGAAUUCGACUAUAUUUUACUCCAAAC